GCGUUUACAGAACACACAACACCGCAUAGAGGCAGCAUGGCAACAGAGAACACGAUGUCUAAUGGACAAGAAGCGACUUCUCUGAAUGGCGAGCCUGUGGUGAAGCGAUCCCGGGAAGGUGGAGUGACAGAAACUCUGCGGAAUUCCAGGGAACCUCAGAAUAAACUGACCGUGGUGCUCGGGGCUCAGUGGGGAGAUGAGGGGAAGGGGAAAGUGGUCGACCUGUUGGCUAUGGACGCUGACAUUGUCUGUAGAUGCCAGGGAGGAAACAACGCGGGACACACGGUGGUGGUGGACGGUGUUGAGUACGACUUCCACCUCUUACCCAGCGGCGUCCUCAACAAAAAGGCCAUCUCUUUUAUCGGAAAUGGAGUUGUGAUUCAUCUGCCUGGACUGUUUGAAGAAGCAGUGAAAAAUUCUCAGAAAGGCACAGGAUUACAGGGUUGGGAAGAGCGGCUGAAGAUUUCUGAUCGUGCACAUAUUGUGUUUAACUUCCAUCAGGCUGUUGAUGGGAUACAGGAGCAAGAAAGACAACAGCUGGCUGGAAAGAACUUGGGAACAACCAAAAAGGGCAUCGGUCCUGCGUAUUCCUCCAAGGCAGCACGUAAUGGACUGCGAGUGUGUGACUUGGUGUCUGACUUCUCAGCUUUUGAGGAAAAGUUCCGUGUCCUGGCUAGUCAUUUUCAGAACACGUACCCCAAACUUAACCUCGAUGUUGAUGGUGAACUGGAGCAGCUGAAGGCUUAUGCAGAAAGGUUGCGGCCUCUCGUCACAGAUGGUGUGUACUUCAUGCAUAAAGCUCUUACUGGACCAAGCAAGAAGAUUCUAGUUGAGGGGGCUAACGCGGCUCUUUUGGAUAUUGACUUUGGAACCUAUCCCUUCGUGACGUCAUCAAAUUGCACUGUUGGAGGUGUGUGCACAGGUCUUGGGGUUCCCCCGUCCCACAUUGGCCGUGUGUAUGGUGUGGUUAAGGCUUACACCACCCGAGUUGGUGUUGGAGCGUUUCCCACUGAGCAGAACAAUGAUAUUGGUGAUCUUCUGCAGUCAAGAGGGAGGGAAUUUGGAGUUACGACAGGCAGGCGGCGACGCUGCGGGUGGCUGGACCUGGUUUUAGUUCGUUAUGCUCACAUGGUCAAUGGCUUCACGGCCAUUGCUUUGACCAAAUUGGACAUUCUUGAUACGUUGUCGGAUAUCAAAGUGGGCGUGGCUUACACUGUUGAUGACAAGCCCUUGGACAGCUUUCCUGCUAAUAUGGAUGUCCUGACGAAAGUUGUCGUGACUUAUGAGACGUUACCUGGGUGGUGCUGCAGCACAGAAGGAGCACGCAAUUUUAGUGACUUGCCACCUCAGGCACAGGCCUACAUUCGCUUUAUUGAGAAUUUCCUCCACGUGCCAGUAAAAUGGGUUGGAGUUGGAAAAUCCAGGGAGUGCAUAAUAAAGCUGAUGUAAGAUGCAUAGGACAGUUCCUGAAAUCAAUCACCUGCAUACGUCUUCCAGGGACAUCAUAACAUACAUAUUUUUUUUUUUUGGGGACCAGAAAUUUAUGUAGAUGAUUAGUGCUGGACUAAAGAAAAAAAAAAAAAACCUUGGGUUGAGAACCUUGAGAAUGUCCCGCAUAAAGUGAGCACCAGCAUAACUACAGUUCAGGACCAUAAAUAUUAAUGAGGGAUUGCACAAAGUUGCAGACGAACACUUCAUUUAGAGAGUGACUCAGGGGUCAGAAUAAGAAUUCUAUUCUUGCAUAAUGGUGUUUGCUUUCAUUUCAGUUUCUGGACCAGCAUUCUUAAUGUGACCAUGUGUAUUAGUUCAGAGGUCAUACACUCCCACUUUAGGUCUGCACUGAAUGAGCUUUGUGUAAAUAAGUUGCAAAUUGCACCAUUCAGACCUCUGGCUUUAGCCUUCCGCUGUACUGUUCUGUAAUAACUGGUUAUAGGAUCAAACUUUUUUUUUUUUUUUUUUUGUACUCCUGAUGAAGUAGUCCAUUGUAUACAAAGCUCAGAUUACCUUGACCAAAAUUAAGGCUUUAUUUUGAUUUACUGCAUUUUAGAAAGAUUGACUGACUAUUUUUCCAUCUGUGUCGAAAAUAGGCUUUUAAGAUUUUCUGUAAAGUGUAGCCAAAACUUAUUUUAUGUGUAUGACCCUGUGUUUUUGAAACUUCAUUUUAAUUUGUACAUUAAAAUAGUUUUGGGUGGCUGGUGUUGCCUGUCUUGGAAAAACAAAAUAUAUAAUGGAUUGUUUCACAGCUAUGUAAUUAAAACAAUUUUUUUAAUUAGUUAUGUAAAUGUACACCAAGCACACAAUCAGUUUUAACAGAUGAGCAUACUGAUGAGAAAUGUAGGAAAUGGGUGGAUCCACCCAAAUGCAUACAUACAGUUGCCUUCCACUGGAGUGUGUAGAUUGUCAUGUUAUUGGCUGCUGCUUUAGAACAAUAAACUGUUCUAAUUAUA